UUCUCUGCUGCAGCUUUUGGGAAAGAGCUCCUCUAAUUGCAUCCACACUCUGAGGACCGAGGGAGGGAGGACCCUGCGAACGCUGCGACUAUCCCUCGGGGCCAUGGACUCGGACGCCAGCCUGGUGUCUAGCCGCCCGUCGUCGCCAGAGCCCGAUGACCUUUUCCUGCCGGCCCGGAGCAAGAGCAGUGGGGGCAGCGGCUUCACGGGGGGCACCGUGUCCUCGUCCACGCCUAGCGACUGCCCGCCAGAGCGGAGCGCCGAGCUGCGCGGCGCCAUGGGCGCGGCGGGCGCGCACCCUGGGGACAAGCUGGGCGGCGGUGGCUUCAAGUCAUCCUCGUCCAGCACCUCGUCGUCCACGUCGUCAGCGGCCGCGUCGUCCACUAAGAAGGACAAGAAACAGAUGACUGAGCCCGAGCUGCAGCAGCUACGCCUCAAGAUCAACAGCCGCGAGCGCAAGCGGAUGCACGACCUCAACAUCGCCAUGGACGGGCUGCGCGAGGUCAUGCCAUACGCGCACGGCCCGUCGGUGCGCAAGCUCUCCAAAAUCGCCACGCUGCUGCUGGCGCGCAACUACAUCCUCAUGCUCACCAACUCGCUGGAGGAGAUGAAGCGACUGGUGAGCGAGAUCUACGGCGGCCACCACGCCGGCUUCCACCCAUCGGCCUGCGGCGGCCUGGCGCACUCGGCGCCCCUGCCCGCCGCCACCGCGCACCCCGCGGCCGCCGCCCACGCGGCGCACCACCCUGCGGUGCACCACCCAGUCCUACCCCCUCACGCCCCAAGGUGGUCGCCCACCCGCAUCCAGCUCGGGGCUUCAGCUGAGGACCAGCCACGUGAGGCCACCCCCGCGACCGGCAUCGCCACGGUGUUCCCGGCAGAGCGCUGCGGGAGUGUUUGGCGCGGGAUCCGCUAA